AUGGCCCUCACGCCCUCCCAAGUCACCAUCGUCAAGUCCACCGCCGCCGUCCUCAAGGACAAGGGCGGCGAGAUCACCCGCAUCUUCUACGCCAACAUGCUCGCCGCCCACCCCGAGUUGCGCAACCUCUUCUCCCUGCGCAACCAGGCCACCGGCGCCCAGCAGGCCGCCCUCGGCGCCGCCGUCCUCGCCUACGCCGCCUACAUCGACGACCUCCCCCGCCUCCAGUCCGCCGUCGAGCGCAUCGCCCACAAGCACGCCUCCCUCUUCGUGCGGCCCGAGCAGUACGCCAUCGUCGGCGAGCACCUCGUCGGCGCCUUCGCGGAGGUCCUCGGCGACGCCCUCACGCCAGAGGUCGCCGACGCCUGGACCGCGGCCUACGCCCAGCUCGCUGACGUCUUCAUCGGCCGCGAGCGCGCCCUCUACGAGGAGCCGGGCGCCUGGCAGGACUGGCGCGACUUUGCCGUCGCCGAGAGGGAGGAGGUCUCCGAGGGCGUCGUCAGCUUCUACCUGAAGCCGGCGGACGGCGGGAGGCUCCCGCGCUUCCUCCCCGGUCAGUACGUCAGCCUGCAGAUCCCCAUCCCCGAGCUCGGCGGCCUCCUGCAGUCCCGCCAGUACAGCCUGAGCGCCUUCCCCAACGCCGAGGGCGAGUUCGAGGCGUACCGCGUGACCAUCAAGAUGGAGCCGGCCACCGCCGGCGCCGACCCCAACGACGUCCGCGCCCUGGCCGCCGGCAGCAUCGCCGGCAUCGUCGGCAACCGCCUGCACGCGCGGUACAACGUCGGCGACACCGUGCAGCUCAGCUCGCCCCGCGGCGAGUUCGUCUUCGACGCCGCCCGGCUGCGCUCCCCGUCGUCGCCCGUCGUCCUGCUGUCCGCCGGCGUCGGCGCCACCCCGCUGCUGUCCAUGCUCGACGCCAUCCGCGGCGCCAACGACGACCUCGCCGCCACCGGCGCCACCACCGACACCGGCUCGGCUCCUCGUCCGGUCGUCUGGGCGCACGCGGCGCGCAACGCCAACGCGGUGUGCUACGGGAAGCACGUCCGCCAGGCCGCCGAGGACGCCGACGCCGACGUCACCGCGAAGGUCUUCCUCAGCAACGUCGCCGAGACGGACGUCCAGGGCGUCGACUACGACUACAAGGGCCGCUUCGACGUCGGCGUCCUGGUCGCUGACGGCGUCCUGCCGCUGGCAAAGCCCGACGCCGAGUAUUUCCUCUGCGGACCGAAGGACUGGAUGAUCCAAGUCAGGGACGACUUGAAGGCCAACAAUGUGAGCCACGACAAUGUUCACCUCGAGCUCUUUUCCACCGGCGACGUUUAA